UUGAAUAAAUAAAUAAAAUAAAAAUAAGUAUACGCUCGUAAUGUGUGCAAAAUGUUUUAGGUAUAUUUAAAAUUGCCUAGAAGUAAUAAUAAACAACCGAACUAUAGAACAUGGCUGUGUGGAGGAGUCAUCAUUCAUGAAGAGUAUAUCAUGACGUCUGCCGCUUGUAUUGAAGAUGCUGAACACUUCUAUGUUGUUUCUGGAACAUACAAAUACGCUGAUGAAGAUGAUAGAUACAAUAAUCCGUGUAUCAAGAAUGGAGCAAAGAAAGCAAUAUGGAAGUGCAUCCCUAAAAAUUAUGUCUUUGACGGUCACGAAAACGACAAUAUCAGAUGGAUGAACAAUGACAUUGCUGUUGUUAAAGUUGAAGAAGGUUUCGAUUUCACCAGACGUGUAAGAGGCUGUGACUUUAUUCCCAAACCAGUUUGCUAUAAUAACCAAAGUCAGACUUUAGAGAAUCCUGGAACUACUGUUAGUAUCGCUGGCUGGGGUACUACUUCCAGGUACAAUGACUGGGUGAACAGGAGGAAAGACAACCAACAGAAUCUUCUAGAGGCUCAUGUAGAAAUCAUAAAUAAGAACAAGUGCAAAAGACGUUGGGGCUCCCGCUACCAUAACAUCAUCGACAACUACAUGAUCUGUACCAAGGACAUUGGGCAAACCAUGUCGGAGAUUUGUAAUGAGAAAUAUGUAGAUUGUCAAGAUAUAAACUAUUCUGAUGAGGAAGAUAUGAGAAGAGAUGCUCGGAUUAACAAAACCGAAAAAGUGCCAACGAACCUGGUUAUGCACUCCGCUUACCACAACGAAACUCAUGGAAAUAAAUCUGUUGACAGAAGAUUAAUGUCUCAGGCUGACGGAGGUUUCUGUGAGAAUGACCACGGCGGUCCCCUCGUCUACGGCAAUGGAGUGAACUCCAUCGUAAUUGGCGUCAUAUCGGCGUGUCUCGUGAAGGAAAGAACCAACAAGUGCUACGGGCCAUUCCUCUACACAAGUGUUUAUAAAAAUCGACAGUUCAUCUCUUGUGCCAUAUAUAAGGACUUAGAACCUAAAUGCAGACGUCAAUUCAGAUCAGGAGUGACCCACGUGGAGAAAGUGUUGACAUGGAAAAAUCAUCCAGAUGGGCCGGCAAAGAAUGAGUUAAAACCAGAGAAGAAGGCAGAAACAGGUGUCGAAAUCGUGCAUCGUGCCCACGAUUCACCGGUCGACGCUACAGGAGACAAGGUGUUCCCGGGCAGCGGCUUUAUACUCAGGGCUACAAAUGAUACGAAACCUCCAAUUGCUUUAAACGAAACUGCUAUAAUAGUGUAAUUA